GGGCACGACGCGAUCACCACCACCGUCACGUCCUCCGGCAAGGCCGUGGAGCGCUGGAUCACGGAGGUCCUCUCCGCGCGCCGCAUCGACGGCAGCCGCUACGACAUGGUCGCCAGGCUCGACGUCGAGUGGCGCCCCAGCUACCGCGGCAAGCAGAACCCCGUAGCCACCCUGCAGCUCUGCGUCGACCGCCGCUGCCUCAUCUUCCAGCUCCUCCACGCCGACUACCUCCACGCCGCGCUGCCCGGGUUCCUCGGCGACCGCGCGGUCCGCUUCUUCGGCGUCGGCGUGGACGCGGACGCGGCGCGGCUCAGGGCCGACCACGGCCUGGAGGUGGGCAGGGCGGUGGACCUCCGGGGCUACGCGGAGGAGUACGCGGGCCGCCCGGACCUCCGCCAGGCUGGGCUGCGCGCCAUCGCCGCCGCCGUCUUGGGCGUCGACCUCGCGAAGCCGCACGGGGUGACCACGAGCCGCUGGGACGCGCGCAGCCUCAGCGACGAGCAGAUCACCUAUGCCUGCCUCGACGCCUUCGUCUCUUCCGAGGUCGCCCGCAAGCUGCAACGCCAGGAGCAGAUCUUCAGGUGCGUCUCGUGAAGCUGCUCGAGGGCGGCUACCGACCGAUCGAUCUGCGCGGUGUCCAACGAUUGCAAAUAAAUUCGUUCUAGCUUGUUUUAGUGGUUAAGUUUGUUCUAGUUUAAAUUAUUUGCAUCAGAAAAAAAUGUUUGUCAUGGUGCGUUGAGA